UUCAUUGUCGGAAUGUAUAUUUAUAAAUAACCCGAAGAGAUAUAGAUUCGAUAUUUCCAACUCUUUGAAUUGCAAAAGCUGAUAUUGUUAGCGAAAGGGCAUGGGAGAGAUAGAUGAAGCUUUCAUUCAAACAGAAGAGAACAGGCCAAAGGUUUGUAUGAUUGAAGAGGGAAUCCCUGUGAUAGAUCUCUCCCCUUUGGUGUGUGGAUCUUCUUCUGACAUGAGAGAGCCUUGUUUUGAAAAGGUUGUGAGGCAAAUAGGCAGUGCAUGCAGAGAAUGGGGGUUCUUCCAAGUCAUCAACCAUGGAAGCUCAGUUGAGAGCAAGCAGAAGAUGGAAGGAGAAGCAAGGAAGUUCUUUGAGCAGAGCAAGGAGCAGAAGAAUGAAGUGAGAAGAGAUGCUGUGCAUGUUAUAGGCUACUUUGACUCUGAGCUUACCAGAAAUGUUAGAGAUUGGAAAGAAGUAUUUGAUUACACUGUAGAAGAACCUACCUUGGUUCCUGCUUCACCUGAUCCUCAUGAUCUCACAAUCACUCAUUGGUAUAACAAGUGGCCCCAAUACCCACCACUUUUAAGAGAGGCAUUGGAAGAGUACGGUAAGCAGAUGGAAGAGUUAGCACUGAAGCUAAUGGAGCUUAUUGCAUUGAGCUUAGGUUUGGAACCGAAACGUUUUCAUGGUUUCUUCAAAGACCAAACAAGUUGGAUAAGGUUGAAUUUUUAUCCACCUUGUCCUUCACCUGACCUUGUUUUGGGAUGUGGUCGUCACAAGGAUAGUGGUGCUUUGACAGUGCUUGCUCAAGAUGAUGUUUGUGGUUUAGAAGUAAAGAGAAAAUCUGAUGGCCAAUGGGUUAGGGUCAAACCAGCACCUAAUGCUUAUAUCAUCAAUGUUGGAGCUGUAAUCGAGGUUUGGAGCAAUGAAACUUAUGAGAGUGUUGAGCAUAGAGUAAUAUUGAAUAGUGAGAAGGAAAGGCUCUCAUAUCCAUUCUUUCUCACUCCUGCACAUUACACCAUGGUGCAGCCUUUGGAAGAGAUGGUAAAUAACCAAAACCCUCCCAAAUAUAGACCCUACAAUUGGGGCAAGUUCUUUGUUACGAGGAAACGUAGUAAUUUCGUCAAUCGUAAUGUAGAAAACAUUCAGAUAUAUGAUUUCAAGAUUAAUUAGAUAUUUUUCAAUAAUGUUGUAAUCAGAUACUAAAGAAACUUUGUCCAUCCAUUAUGAAAAUGUAUUGUUUUUAAUAAGCAGCAUAAAUUCAAUUUCAA